UAAACUACAGGUGAUUAUCAGCCACAGCUCAGAGUGUCAAGGGCUUAACUGAAGUAGACGUAGGUGAGAUUUGCGCACCUGUGCUGAGGAGCCCAACGAGCGCACACGCACGGUGAGCGGAGCGUCCACAUGAUUGUUUAGUUUUGGAGCCCACUUCCAUCCACGCCUUCCAGCAGCCGUCCUGUUCAUUCCCUACCUGCCAGCCUCCGAGGGGGAUGUGGAGACGCUUCCUGACCUCCGCUGCGUCUCGGCUGUUCCUCCUGAGCGUUUGGCUGGAAGGGUAGCCGCCGUGUCCCGUGGAGGAUGCCGAACAGGCUGAAGACGCAGUCCUGAAGAUUGAUGGAGGGCCAUGCUAUUCAAACAGCAGGCACUGCUGAGACAGAAGCUCCUCGUUCUGGCCAGCCUUGCUAUCGGAAGUCUCCUCUAUCUUGUGGCCAGGGUUGGGACCUUGGAUAGGCUACAGCCCAUUUGCCCCAUCGAGAGCAGACUGGCCCCUCCUGAGCCAGAGCAAAUCCCUCUCCGCACCCUGCAGUUUAAGCGUGGCCUGCUCCAUGAGCUACGGAAGGGCAAUGCCACCAAAGAGCAAAUCCGCCUGCACAACCUGGUACAGCAGCUGCCUCGGGCCAUCAUCAUUGGGGUGCGCAAGGGGGGCACCCGCGCCCUGCUGGAGAUGCUCAACCUGCAUCCGGCAGUGGUCAAGGCCUCGCAGGAGAUCCACUUUUUCGACAAUGACCAAAACUACGCCCGCGGCAUCGACUGGUACAGGGGGAAAAUGCCCUUCUCGUUCCCCCACCAGAUUACCAUUGAAAAGAGCCCGGCCUACUUCAUCACAGAGGAGGUCCCUGAACGCAUCUUCAAGAUGAACUCCUCCAUCAAGCUGCUGAUCAUAGUGCGCGAGCCCACAACGAGAGCUGUGUCAGACUACACACAGGUGCUGGAGGGCAAGGAGCGCAAAAACAAGACCUACCACAAGUUCGAGAAGCUGGCCAUCGACACCAACACCUGUGAGGUGAACACAAAGUACAAAGCGGUUCGAACCAGCAUCUACACCAAACACUUGGAGCGCUGGCUGAAGUACUUCCCUGUGGAACAGUUCCACAUCGUGGACGGGGAUCGCCUCAUUACAGACCCGCUGCCCGAGCUGCAGCUUGUGGAGCGCUUCCUCAACCUCCCGUCCAGGAUCAGUCAGUACAACCUGUACUUCAACGCCACCAGGGGAUUUUACUGUCUGCGAUUUAACAUUGUCUUCAACAAGUGCCUGGCAGGCAGCAAGGGGCGCAUCCAUCCAGAGGUGGACCCGUCAGUGGUGGCGAAACUGCAGAAGUUCUUUCACCCCUUCAAUCAGAAGUUUUACCAGAUCACUGGUAGGACAUUCAACUGGCCAUGAUGAGCUUUGAACUUCUAACACGGGGUUGUUUUGAGCGCGGCAUUUUUAAAAUGCCAAGCUUGACAACCUCAAGAGAUAUUAAAUAGCACUUUGAUUGAAUUUAAUACAAGAAUGACAAUGUGACCAAAUAUUCAAGGAAGUUGAUGUACGUUUGUUUUUCAGUGUGUGAAGUUAAAAGGAAAAGUUUGAUGGUUUGACUAAAAGAUUCAGUUUAUAGCACUUGAUCUUCUCGCAGAACACUCCACCUGUCUGUCAUCGUCCCCCAUGAGAAAAAUACAGUAUGUCAGUGUGUGACAAAUUAAAGAGAUUAUUUUUAUGUUACCAUUUGUUGCAUUUCAAAAAACGCAACGACAUUCAUGCUGUUACGGUAAGCUUUAAAUGUGAUGAUGUUUCAUGAUACAACACCAUGAAGGAAGACAAAAUGUGUAACUUUUGAUAAGCAACAAAAUAAUUCAUUUUCCCUUAUGUUGUUUAUUUGAUCCGAUUUGCAUGUGCAAUCAAGAUGCCAUUAUUACAUUGUAGGUUUUUACUUUUUUGCCUUUUUUUUAUAUAAUUUUUUGUUACUUUCAAUAAAUACAGUGGCUACUCCAUUAUUCAGUUACCUCCUUUAAUUAUUUUUCUCAGUGCCCAAGCUGAAGAACAGAAAAGACUCAUUAGAAUAAGAUCCAGUGUUUCAAGCUUGUCUAAAAAUCAUGUCCAAAACUUUCAAGCAUUUGAGGCUCGAGCUUGUGUUAUAUUGUAACUAUGUUGCUUUCCUUCUCACGGCUUUUACAUUGGUUUGCAAUAUGCUAGGCAAAAAAAGAAAAAGAAAAAAAAAAAAAAAAAAAAGCCA